UUUUCUCUCUCAUUAGGAGAAAGCAUGAAGCUUCUUAUUCUGGUAGCGCUGUUUGGCCUGAGCCUUGCUCAGCACAACCCCAAUCUCAGAAGUGGAAGGACAUCCAUCGUCCACCUGUUUGAAUGGCGGUGGGCUGACAUUGCUGCAGAGUGUGAGCGCUUCUUGGGUCCUAAAGGCUUUGGUGGUGUUCAGAUUUCUCCUCCCAAUGAGCACAUUGUUCUGAACAAUCCCUGGAGGCCCUGGUGGCAGAGAUACCAGCCAAUUAGUUACAACCUGUGUUCAAGAUCUGGCAGUGAGGCUGAACUGAGGGACAUGAUCACCAGAUGCAACAAUGUUGGGGUCAACAUUUAUGUGGACGCUGUCAUCAACCACAUGUGUGGAUCUGGCGGUGGAGAGGGUACCCAUUCUUCCUGUGGCAGCUGGUUCAGUGCGUCCAAAAAGGACUUCCCCAGUGUUCCCUACUCCUCUUGGGACUUCAAUGACAAUAAAUGCAGGACUGGUAGUGGUGAAAUUGAAAACUAUGGUGAUCCAUAUCAGGUGCGUGACUGUCGUCUGGUUGGUUUGCUCGAUCUUGCUCUUGAGAAAGAUUAUGUUAGGGGAAAGGUGGCUGAGUAUAUGAACAAACUGAUCGACAUGGGUGUGGCUGGAUUCAGAGUGGACGCUGUCAAGCACAUGUGGCCUGGUGACCUGGAUAACAUUUUCCGUCGUCUUAAAAACCUUAACACCAAGUGGUUUGCCAGUGGCUCCAGACCCUUUAUCGUCCAGGAGGUAAUUGAUCUAGGAGGAGAGGCCAUCUCAGCUAAGGAAUAUUUCAAUCUUGGAAGAGUGACUGAGUUUAAAUAUAGUGCCAAACUGGGAACUGUCUUCAGGAAAUGGAAUGGCGAGAAGCUUUGUUACACCAAGAACUGGGGAGAAGGUUGGGGCUUUAUGCCAAAUGGCAAUGCUCUUGUCUUUGUUGACAACCACGACAACCAGAGAGGUCAUGGUGCUGGUGGUGCAUCCAUCAUUACCUUCUGGGAUGCCAAACUCCACAAGAUGGCUGUGGGCUAUAUGCUGGCUCAUCCUUAUGGACAAACCAGGGUCAUGUCUAGCUUCCGCUGGAACCGCAACAUUGUGAAUGGAAAGGAUCAGAAUGACUGGAUGGGUCCUCCCAGUUACAGUGAUGGAUCCACUAAGCCUGUUCCUAUCAACGCUGACCAGACCUGUGGAGACGGAUGGGUUUGUGAGCACAGAUGGCGCCAAAUCACGAACAUGGUAAUUUUCCGUAAUGUGGUCAACGGACAGCCUUUUGCCAACUGGUGGGACAAUCAAAGCAACCAGGUUGCCUUCGGACGUGGCAACCGUGGUUUCAUCGUUUUUAACAAUGACGACUGGGCCUUAGAUGUAACCCUCAACACUGGUUUGUCUGGUGGAACCUACUGUGAUGUUAUUUCGGGCCAGAAAGAAGGAUCUAGAUGUACCGGAAAGCAGGUCAAUGUUGGAAGUGAUGGCCGUGCCCACUUCUACAUCAGCAAUACAGAGGAAGAUCCUUUUAUUGCUAUUCAUGCUAAUUCCAAGCUGUAAACUGUUAACUCAAAAUA